GCCUGACCGGAGCAAAGCGGAAACGGAAGUGAUUUUGUUCAAGUGCCCUAGCCAAAGCUGUUCGGGCAUGCGGCUGCGCACUGUUUAUCCGCCCGCAAGGUUAGGUCAUCCAUGUGCGUGUGUAUGUGUGUUGGGGAGCGAGCUAGUACGUGCUUCUGGAAGGAUGCUGGGCCCGAUGGCGGCCGUGGCGUUGGUCUCGCCUGGCCUGUCAGGGCGACCCUUGUCGCUGGCUGCUCUGAGCUUGUCGUCCGGGCUGCGGCUUUCGGUUCGCGGCCUGGCGGGUCCGAGUGAAAGGCGUCCCUGCCCGAUGAAGCCGCGCUUGCCUCUGCAGAUCCCGGGGGCAGCUGAAACGGUCCAGGUGGUCGCGGAGAAGAUGCCGGCGUCGUCCCCGCUGCGAAGGUUCAUCGCUUGCCCCGAACUGGCGCGUGUGGUGGCCUCGCGACUGAGGGACGGGCGAGCCACGGGGGGUUACGGGGCCGUCCUGCUGGAGUGCGAGCCAGGUCCUGGCAUCUUAACCCGGACACUGCUCAAUGCUGGUGCCCAUGUAAUAGCCCUAGAGAGUAAUAAUGUAUUUCUUCCUGGUCUAGAGUCUCUAAAGCAGAAAUUGGAUGGCCAGCUGGAAGUGGUACAUUGUGACUUCUUCAGAUUAGACCCUCUGGGUGUUGGAUCCAUGAGGCCACCUAUUAUGUAUUCUGAGACACUUUUUGAGAACUUGGACAUUUUGGCUGUUCCUUGGACGGCGGAUGUUCCUCUAAAGGUGGUUGGAAUUGUCCCACAUAAACGGGAAAGGAACCUACUUUGGAAGCAUAUAUAUGCCUUAUAUGAACAAAAUUCUAUCUAUAGAUAUGGAAGAACAGAAUUGAACCUGUUUGUCAGUGAAAAAGAGUACAAGACUCUUGUUGCCAAGCCUGAAGAAACCAGAAUUUAUCAAGCACUAAGUGUACUUUGGCAAACAGCCUGUGAUAUUGAGCUUCUGCACAUGGAGCCUUGGUCUUCAUAUUCAACUAAUUCAAGAAAUGGUAGACUCUCUAUACCAAAGAGCGUGCUGGUGCAAAAUAACCACUUAUGCUUAGUACGAAUGACACCUCGGAAGAAUUUAUUUACAGAGAGCUUGACAACCAUUAAUUCAAGCAUAUUUAUUGUGAUGGUAAAACAAAGUCUUGCCAAAUGCAGAACUAAAUUAAUAGAUAAACUAAAUUUAUGGAGUUGUGGAAGUGGGAAGAAAUUGUUGAGACAGCUAGAGAUACCAGAAAACAUUACAACUGGCAGUUUAUACCCAGAACAGUACAAAUGCCUUUUUGAGGCUAUGGUACAAUCUAAGGAAUUUGACCAAAGCUGGCUUUAUGAUGAUUCCUUGGAAGAUAACAGAAGCAUAAUUUUUUAAACAGAAGGCUAUUCAUUUUGCAGAAAAUCUUUGACUUGAUGCAAAGAAGAAAAGAGCCUGAAGUCUACUUAUCAACUAAAUUAAUUUAUAAUAAACCUAGCUGAUCAGGCUAAAAUAAAGAGGACACCUCUUGAAAUUCAGAGACCCUACAGAUGCAACUAGAGCUGCCUGGUCCCUCUAAUAAUAUGAAGUCAUAGUUUGCAUCUUCGAUGACAUCCUGGCAAAAGCAAAAACCUUUAUCAGAAGCAUUGUAAGUUGAGUACCUGUGUUUAGCCUUUGCACUGGGCACAAAAUGCAUUUGGAGAACAGGUCAGAUAUAGCAAACUCUGCAGUUUGUUUCAGGAAUAGUGACUGUAACGAUGCUAAAAAUGUGUAGGCUUACUGUAUGCAAGAUUCAGUUUUCAGGAAAAAAGGUAACCUGAAUACAAAUGCUCCCAAAGUAAUAGGAGCAAGUGGAGUAAGGCAUAGUGGACACCAAAUAUGCGUUCUGCUAAAAAUUUGUUCUCAGUUACACUAUAAUGGCCCUAGAUGGUAAAACACUUGCAAAACCUCUGCCUUUUAAACUGUGUGUGUACACACACGCAUACUGUAUGUAUGUAUGUAUGUAUAAAAUGAACAUGUUUCUAUUGCCCUGUUUUCUGACCAGGGCUUUAACUACUUUGUAAGAGCUUUCUCUUGUUGCAAAAAAAUGUUUACCAGAAAUGUUUACCUUUAUGUAAAUAUCUGCAUUGAAAACAAAAAUGCAAUAAAAUUAUAUUUCUGUCGAAGCCA